AUGGCACAAUCUCUCUCACAAGCCAAACGCGCCCUUUCCUUCGCCCUUAACCGGCGAGGGUACGCAGUCGCAUCGAAUGUCUCUUCUUCUUCAUCAUCUUCGGUGAGAGGGGGUAUGAGCGGAAUAGAGAUGGGUGUGGCCAAGAAUGGUUCCGGCCCAUCGGGGGCCUCAUCGGCUUGGGCCCCAGACCCAGUUACGGGCUACUACAGGCCCAUCAAUCACAGAGAUGAGAUUGACCCGGUGGAGCUCCGAAAGCUGCUGUUGAAUCACAAAGGCAACUGA